AUGCUGGAGGAUGAGGAUGGGAUGAGCGAGCGCGGCCUCGGCGGCUCCCGGAGGAGAUUCGAGGAUGAGGAAGACUACCACUCCAUCUACAUCGGGGUGCCGGUGCCGCGCGGCUUCCGCAGGAAACGGCGCCGCCGGCGCUCGCCGGGCUCCAGCCGCGAGCGCAGCGGCAGCGAGCGCCACUUCGGGCCCCGCGAGCCCUCGGACACCGACGAGGGCCAGGGCUGGCCCGAGAGUGGCAACGACAACGCCAGCAGGACCAUGUCCCCGGCCGCGGAACGGCUGCGGUACAUCCUGGGGGAGGAGGACGAGCCCCCCAACCCCACGCUGUUCACGGAGAUGGACACGCUGCAGCGCGACGGCGACGAGAUGGAGUGGAAGGAAUCCGCCAGGUGGAUCAAGUUUGAGGAGAAGGUGGAGGAAGGCGGCGAGAGGUGGAGCAAACCCCACGUGUCCACCCUGUCCCUGCACAGCCUCUUUGAGCUGCGGACGUGUCUCCAGACGGGAACGGUGCUCCUGGACCUGGACGGAUACUCCUUGCCCCAAAUUAUUGACGAUGUCAUCGAGAAGCAGAUCGAGGACGGGCUGCUGAAGCCGGAGCUGCGGGAGAAGCUCAGCUACGUCCUCCUGCGCAAGCACCGCCACCAGACCAAGAAGCCGAUCCACCGCUCCCUGGCCGACAUCGGCAAGUCCGUGUCCUCCAACACCGCCCGCAGCCCCGUGCGGGGCCCGGCCGCCGGCGCCGCCUUCCACCGCUCCACCGAGGACCUGCGGCUGCGGCAGAGCGCCAGCUACGGCCGCCUGCGUCACGCCCAGAGCCGGAGCAUGAACGACAUCUCGGACACGCCAAGCACUGACCAGCUGAAGAACAAGUUCAUCAAGAAGAUCCCCAAGGAUGCCGAGGCCUCCAACGUGCUGGUGGGGGAGGUGGAGUUCCUGGAGAAGCCCUUCGUGGCCUUCGUGCGGCUGCUCCAGGCCACCAUGCUGGGGGGCGUGACCGAGGUGCCCGUCCCCACCAGAUUCCUCUUCAUUCUCCUCGGCCCGCCGGGAAAAGCCAAGUCCUACAACGAGAUCGGCAGGGCCAUCGCCACUCUCAUGGUGGACGAUCUCUUCAGCGACGUUGCCUACAAAGCCCGGGACAGGGAGGACCUGAUCGCCGGCAUCGACGAGUUCCUGGACGAGGUCAUCGUCCUCCCGCCCGGCGAGUGGGACCCCAACAUUCGGAUUGAGCCUCCCAAAAAAGUGCCCUCAGCUGAGAAGAGGAAGUCGGUGUUCUCGCUGAACGAGGUGGGGCAGAUGAACGGCGCGGCCGGUGGGGCGGGCGCCGGGGGCGGCGGUGGCGCCAGCGACGAUGGAGAGAUGCCUGAAGUCCACGAGAUUGGGGAGGAGCUGGCCUGGACUGGCAGGUUUUGUGGUGGCCUCUACCUGGAUAUCAAGAGGAAACUGCCCUGGUUCCCGAGUGAUUUCUACGAAGGUUUCCAUAUCCAGUCCAUCUCCGCCAUCCUCUUCAUCUACCUGGGCUGCAUCACCAACGCCAUCACCUUCGGGGGGCUGCUGGGGGACGCCACCGACAACUACCAGGGGGUCAUGGAGAGCUUCCUGGGCACGGCCAUGGCCGGCUCCAUGUUCUGCCUCUUCGCCGGGCAGCCCCUCAUCAUCCUCAGCAGCACCGGCCCCAUCCUCAUCUUCGAGAAGCUGCUCUUCGACUUCAGCAAAGGCAACGGGAUCGACUACAUGGAAUUCCGCCUGUGGAUCGGGCUGCACUCAGCCCUGCAGUGCCUUAUCCUGGUGGCCACCGACGCCAGCUUCAUCAUAAAGUACAUCACGCGCUUCACCGAGGAGGGCUUCUCCACCCUCAUCAGCUUCAUCUUCAUCUACGACGCCAUCAAGAAGAUGAUCGGGGCCUUCAAGUACUACCCCAUCAACUCCGACUUCAAGCCCGACUACGUGACCAUGUACAAGUGCGAGUGCGUCGCCCCCGACCCAGCCAACGCGACCUUGUUCGAUGCUUCAGCUCCAGUGGCACCGAACACCACUAACGUGUCUCUGUCCAAUGCUCUCAACCUCACAGCUCUGGACUGGACCCAGCUGAGUAAGAAGGAAUGUCUCAAAUACGGCGGCAGCUUAGUGGGAAAAUCCUGCAAAUUCGUGCCAGACCUGGCCCUCAUGUCCUUCAUCCUCUUCUUUGGCACCUACUCCAUGACCCUGACCCUGAAAAAAUUCAAAUUCAGCCGCUACUUCCCCACCAAGGUCAGGGCUUUCAUUGCUGAUUUUUCCAAUGUCUUCUCCAUCCUGCUCUUCUGUGGAGUGGACGCCUGUUUCGGACUGGACACCCCCAAACUCCACAUCCCCAGUAUCAUCAAGCCCACGCGCGUGGACCGGGGCUGGUUUGUGUUCCCCUUCGGGAAGAACCCGUGGUGGGUGUACCUGGCCAGCGCCCUGCCCGCCCUGCUGGUCACCAUCCUCAUCUUCAUGGACCAGCAGAUCACGGCCGUCAUCGUCAACAGGAAGGAGCACAAGCUGAGGAAGGCAGCCGGGUACCACCUGGACCUCUUCUGGGUGGGCAUCCUGAUGGCCGUGUGCUCCUUCAUGGGGCUGCCCUGGUACGUGGCCGCCACCGUCAUCUCCAUCGCCCACAUCGACAGCCUCAAGAUGGAGACCGAGACCAGCGCCCCGGGGGAGCAGCCCCAGUUCCUGGGGGUCAGGGAGCAGAGGGUCACCGGCAUCAUCGUCUUCGUGCUGACGGGCAUUUCGGUUUUCCUGGCUCCUAUCUUGAAGUACAUCCCCAUGCCGGUGCUCUACGGGGUCUUCCUCUACAUGGGCGUGGCGUCGCUGAACGGGAUCCAGUUUUGGGAUCGCUGCAAGCUCUUCCUGAUGCCAGCCAAGCACCAGCCCGACUACGUGUUCCUGCGGCACGUCCCGCUGCGCCGCAUCCACCUCUUCACCCUGGUGCAGAUCGUCUGCCUGGCCGUGCUCUGGAUCCUCAAAUCCACCGUGGCCGCCAUCAUCUUCCCCGUCAUGAUCUUGGCCCUGAUCCUGGUGAGGCGGCUCCUGGAUUUCGUCUUCUCCCAGCACGACCUGGCCUGGAUCGACAACAUCAUCCCCGAGAAGGAGAAGAAGAAGGAGGACGACAAGAAGAAGAAGAAGAAAGGCAACAAAGGCGAGAGCAGCAGCGACGAGGAGGAAAGAGGGCCUCCACCUGGAGCUCUGCGUUCUGACUCCUCCCCGAACGGCUCGGACAUGGAUCGCACUAUCACCCUCCACCUGAAGAUCUCGUGCCCGUCGUCUCCCGCCUUUAACUACUCCCGCAACCCCAUCUGUGCCGUGCCCCAGGUGAAGAUCGAGAUGGAGUCGGACUACGAGGACAGCGACACGGAGAAGGCCCCGCGGGACAUGGGCAGCGAGACCACGCUAUAG